CUUGGCGUCACGCGACAGGAAGUGACGUAGUAAUUCAGCGACGAAACCUGAUUCCCUUUGACGUAAACACAGCUUGAAGUACAGGCAGCUUAGGAUUGUCAUCAUGUUUCAUGGAAUACCUGCUUCAGGAGGCAUCGGAGGAGCUCCAGCCAAUAAGCCUGAAUUAUAUGAGGAAGUAAAGCUGUACAAAAAUGCCCGGGAAAGAGAAAAGUACGACAACAUGGCCGAGCUGUUUGCUGUGGUGAAGACGCUCCAAGCAUUGGAGAAAGCGUACAUUAAGGACUGCGUGACUCCCAAUGAGUACACGGGCGCCUGCUCCAGAUUGCUGGUGCAGUACAAGGCUGCUUUCAAACAGGUCCAGGGAUCAGAUGUUGGCUCAAUCGAUGACUUUUGUAGGAAAUACAGGCUCGACUGUCCACUCGCAAUGGAGAGAAUAAAAGAAGAUCGCCCAAUUACCAUAAAGGAUGACAAGGGCAAUUUGAAUCGCUGCAUUGCGGACAUUGUGUCUCUCUUCAUCACAGUCAUGGACAAACUGCGGCUGGAGAUUCGAGCCAUGGAUGAGAUCCAGCCAGACCUUCGGGAACUGAUGGAGACAAUGAACAGGAUGAGCAACAUGCCGCCAGAUUCAGAAGCCAAAGACAAAGUCAAUCUUUGGUUGACCACACUGAGCAGCAUGUCUGCCGCCGACGAGCUGGAUGACUCCCAAGUCCGCCAGAUGCUUUUUGACCUGGAGUCCGCCUACAAUGCCUUCAACCGGUUCCUACACUCGUCCUAAACAACACUCUGAAAACAGAACUCGCUUUGUAACCAACCGCUCCUUUGUAAAUACGUUCCCUUCGCUCUUGGCCAGAAUCCUCUCCUUUGAUACAGAACUCUGGCUGUUUGGAACUGUGUAGUGACUUUCUGUGAUCAAGUUGCGAUGUGGGGUGAAAAAAUCUGUCUGUCGAUAUUACUGUCCACCUUCUAGUUUAUUACCUUUAACUUAUAUAGUUAAAUAUAACAAAUUAAUAUUUCUUUAUAGCCCUAUUUCAUAGCUUUCUGCACCAGCUUGACAGAAACCUUCUGUGUGUGUGUUCGUAUAUUUUUGAGAACACAACAGUGGGACAUUUUUAUCAAUCGCCAAAAAUUUGGAAUUAGAUUUCCCAAUUCAAAAACAUCUGAAAUGAGGUACCUUCUGUCCUGGUUUCUCUUUGCAAUGAUCAUAUUUUUUAAUUUUUGCAGUAAAACAAUAAUCUGUUGGGUUUGCAUUAAUUCUAAUUUCUUUCAGAAAUUCCUAUUGGAAUUAAAUAGUUGGGUAGGUCAAUUUAUUAGGUACGUUAGGAAUAGUACUAGAAGGCAAUUCAGUAUAUGCUCAGAAAAAAGGGCACUAAUCAUUUACAUCUUUAGUGUUUGUCUAUUACCUGCAAAUGUGCAUCUGGUGUAGCUUCGUUACUGUUAAAAAUAAAUUAAAGGCAAAACUGUCAUCCUUAAGGUGUAACUAUACGUAUUAGGUCAUUCUGAAUCUUCCAUUACAUUUGAUUUACCAUGUUAAAAAUUAUAUUUUGCAAGAAAGAAUACCCCAGUGACAAAGAAAGGGUACCUAUUAGUACUCUUCAACCAAGACCUUGUAGAACACAUAAAUGUCUAUGUAGGAAUCCAACAUUCAGUUCUUUGGCAGAAUAAAAUGAAACCAGUGGGUUUAAAAUACUAGGCAAAUAAAAAAUUGUUUUAACUCUAAUGUAUUAUGUGGUUUGAUUUUGGGCUAAUACAAUUAUUAUUAUUAUUUGGUUAUAUCUGAUAAUUACACUUUGUAUUUCUGUAAAUUAUGGGAUCAUGAUAUACAUGUUUAUUUCUGUUCUUUUUGGAGAAAUUGGUUUCACUGUACUGUAUGCAAAUUUAUAUUUAUUAAAACUCCACAUUACUAUCCCA